AUGGGAGUGGUAGAAAAGGAAGUCAAAUGGAUGGGAGAUACGGUGGAGCCUGCCCAUCGUCCUUGCGAACUGGCGACACACCAGCGAUUUCCAUGGGAGGGAUUCCGUUUCAGGGUGUUGCAUGAGGCACUGCAGGUGAAGGAGUCGCUGGCCUCGGAGCUUGGAUGCGACAUGAGGGAUGCCGAGGCCCACACGGGGAUCAUAUUGCCAUGUCUGGCGCAGGAGGGGUCG